AUAUAUGGUUUGAGGUGAGUUUAUAAAGAGAGACACCCUAAUACACUUUAAUAGACAAUUUUAUAAGGAUGAAUUAGACUCAAUAUAAAGUCGACGUAAUAUAUAUUUGCCUUCCAUCCAUCAUUUCUGCAUGCAUCAAGCAGUACUCACUGCAAAGUCAACAAAAAUAAAAUAUGGUGAUGAUGAAGCAUCCAUUCCUCUCUCUCCCACUUCUUCUAAUGCUUAUUUUCUCUUCCACCACAAUUUUAGUCCAAAAAUCAUCUGCUGCUACACCAGCCCCGGAACCUGCAGAAUCAGCCCCGACCGACAUUAUCCGAAUCCUCAGAAAGGCUGGAGGAUUCGCCACGUUAAUCCGUCUUCUCCAAACAACAAAAGUAUCCACCCAAAUCAACUCUCAACUCCUAACCUCAAAUGGCGGCUUAACCAUGUUCGCGCCAAAUGACAACGCCUUUUCAAGCCUCAAACCCGGCUUCCUCAAUUCCCUUAGUGACGAACAAAAGAACAAGCUCAUCCAAUUCCACUUGCUACCUACAUUUGUAUCUGUGUCAAAUUUCGAUACUUUGAGCAAUCCUGUAAGGACACAGGCUGGUGAUGACCCUUAUAGAUUGGCAUUGAAUGUAACAAGUUCAGGAAACCAAGUGAACAUAACAACAGGCAUUGUUAAUGUAACACUUGGUGGCACUGUAUACACCGACCAUCAGCUCGCGGUUUAUCAAGUGGACAAAGUGCUUCUUCCUCGAGAUUUCUUCGUCGCUAAGCCACCUGCACCAGCUCCAGCACCGGAAAAGAGUACUAAAGUUUCAUCUAAGAAGAAAUCUGAUGAUAGCGACGAAUCAGUUGCAGGAGACAAUGAUUCUGGUGCUAUUGGUGUCAAACAGCAGAAUUUGAUGUGGAUUCCUGUUGCAGUUGCUACCAUUAUAUUAACAUCAUUUUCAUGGUGAACAAGAUUGCAUAUCAAAUGUUAAAUAUGAAGCUACCAUGCAACUUGGGAGGAUUGAUUCCUAUUUUGCAGACUUACGAGUACUCCAUCUGUAAGAAAAUGUAAGCAAAAAAAUACAUAUAUUUAGACUAUAUUUGGUCCAGAUACAUGUACUUUUUUACUUAUAUUUUGUUACCGAGGAAUAGUGCUUUUGUUUAAUAAUUGUCUUUGUUAAUUUUUCUUUAUUUCUUAUUUUUCCUAUGAGUCAAGUCACUUUGUAUGUGUGGUGGUGUUAAAAGAAAAAUGAAUGUAUGCCAAAUGAGAAAGCUUCAAGAUAGAAAAUCAGUUAUCUUGGAACCUUAUUAUGUUAUUAGCAGAAAUCUCAAUAAUGGUUUUUCUUGAUCUUGCA